AAAAAAAGUGAGGUAGUCCCAAUCGUCGAAAGUCGAAACCCUAAACCUUUAUUUAGGAUUUAGCGGCACCCUUCUCUUUUUUAUAAAAAAAUCUCUCUCCUCCAUCCACAAACCCCGAAAUCAAUGGCGUGCACAAUCGAUUUCCGGUGCCUCGACGAAGGAUUUGGCGGCAAAACAUACAAACGCAAGCGCGAAGAUCAAGCUACUACUGCCUCAGAAGCUGCUCUAGACGAUGCAUCAAUGGAGGUCGACAAUCAAAACGACAAUCCACCAGCUAAAAGAGCCGCCGUUUCGUCUUCCGACGAUCCAAACAAGCCAGUUUUCGGCAAACCUACAUACGACGGUGUGAUCGCCGGCAGAGUUUCCGGCAGGAAUUGGAAGCAACCAAGGAAGCAUAGGUCGUCAGCAAUGGCGGUCAGUCGAAAACCGCCAUCGUUGGAGCAGAGGAUGAGAGAGAGAGAGGUGAAGAAGGCGUAUAAAGAGAGGAAGGAAGAGUUAAAGGAGGAGAUUCGUAGUAACAAAGUUGAGAAGAGGAAGAAAAAAGAGGAGAGAGAAAAGAAGAAACAAGAGAAUAUUUUGAGGUCUGGAACUAAACUUCAGAAGAUCACGAAUCCUAAAACUCUCAAGAGGAUCGCCAAGUCCAAACAACGCAAACAGCUUAAAGUUGUUCCUGAUAAUCUCAUCAAGAAGUAAUUCACAUCUCAUUUUGUUCUAAUUUCAAGUUUUUCUUGUAAUUUUGAUCUGCUUUGAUAAGUGUAUCCUAUCUUUUAGACGAUUAUGAGUUUAAAUCAAAAUUUUGUUGCUCUUA